CAAUAUUUUGAGAUUAUUAUUUACUAUAAAUCUACAUAUUAUUUUAAAACUAUUUCGGCUAAAAUAGGAAUAUAUAAUGGAACAUAUAUGCACGGAGUGUACGCUCACAUUCUCAAAACAUUCUAAUUUAAGAAGUCACCUGAAAAUGUUUCAUCCUGGUAAGUUGUUUUUGAUUAAUAACAAUCCACUGGAUAUCUAUGCAAUCUACAAACUUGAUGACUUCUCGUUGUUAUAUCUACAAUUUGAUGAUUCCUAAUUCUUGUAAUUUUAGAUAAACUGGACAUAAUUGCACCCAACAAAACAUUUAAGUCUAUUGUACUUUGUAACAAAUGUCCCAAAAGGUUCUCUAAAUAUUCCAAUUUAAAAAGGCAUGUCACUAAGUUUCAUCCAGAAAAUAUCAACGAGCUGACUUCAUCUAAGAUUUGCCCAUAUCAAUGCAGUGAAUGCCAGAAAAAGUUUUCACAUUUACAAAAUCUUAGAAAACAUAAAAAAAUUCAUGCAAAAGACAGUGAUAUUGGAAAAAAGCAACAAAACUUCAAGUGCAGUUUGUGUAACUACGAAAAUUCUAUAAAAUCCAAUUUAAUUCUUCAUUUCGAAGAAUAUCAUGCCAUUAAAAUAGAGCAACAAGAUCUUCACUUUUCUAGUGAACUAGAAUUUCAAAAAUGGAAAACUGACAUGGAAAGAAAAGAAUUUUCUUCAUAUGUCACAUACAGUCAUCCAUAUACGACUGCAGAGGGCAUUAAGAAACAUAGUUAUAUUUGCCAUCGUUCAGGUUUUUAUGUGAAAAAGGGUAAGGAUAUGCGAUAUUUAAAAACCAAAGGAAGCAGAAAAAUUAAUGGAAUAUGUCCUUCUCAAUUGAAAGUUUGUAUUUUACCAGAAAAUGGCAAUGUUAAAAUUAAUUUUAUACAAACUCACAUUGGUCAUGACAAUGACUUGGGUCAUUUGAAUAUUACUAAAAAUGAAAAAAUAGAAAUAGCUAGUAAAAUUGCUUCGAAAAUUCCUCUUGUUUCCAUAUUAGAUGAGAUUAGAGAUUCUGUAACUAAUAAUAAGUUGGAAAGGAUGCAUAUCUUAACAAGAAAAGAUCUUCAUAAUAUAUCACAAACUUUUAAUUUAAAUUCUGAUGGAAUUCGCCAUAAAAAUGAAGUUAUAAGUAUUGAAUCCUGGAUUGAAGAAGCCAAGAAUAGUGGAAUAAUUUUAUAUUACAAGCCACAAGGGGCUUUAUGUAAUGAUUUUCCUUGUUUAAAAAAUGAAGAUUUUCUUUUAAUUGUUAUGCAUCCUGGUCAACUGGAAGUGUUAGACAAAUACUCAGAAGAUGUAAUUUGUAUCGACGGAACACAUGGGCUUAAUGCUCAUGAUUUUGAACUUACUACAUUGUUAAUAUUGGAUGAUAUGAGGGAGGGAUUUCCUUGUUGUUUUAUGAUUGGAAAUCGGUCUGAUGAGGAAAUAAUGACUAUUUUUUUCAUGAAGAUAAAAGAAAAUUUAGGAAGAGUAAUCAAACCCAUGGUUUUCAUGUCAGACAUGGCCCAAUAUUACUAUAAUGCAUGGCUCCAAAUUAUGACUCCAGCUAAAUUCAGGUAGAAAACUAUGCAAUAUAUUCUUAUUUUUAAACGCAUUUAUUUAGUUCAAUAGUUUUCGUCAAAUCUUUAGACGUUAAUUUGACUGUCUUUUCUCCAAUGCAAAUGAAUGAAAAUUUGCAGACAUAUGCAUUUGCGGGAACAAUACACGAAUAGUCAAUAAAAAAUUUUUUUGUUUAUUAAUUGUUUAAAUAAAAAAAACGAUUUUAAUGGAAAAUACUUAAAUUCUCUUGUUUUUUACGAUGUAAAAACUUGGAACUUUUACGGAUUGUAGCUAAUGAUAUGAACCAUACAUAAUUUCACUUUUUGCGUUAAUUGUUUACAUUAUGCUUCAUAAAUAAACAACAAAGUUUCAAAUUUUUUGCCCAUUCCAACUACUUUUCAUGUUAGUAGAUACAUCAUAUGUUUUAUACAUAUUUUAAUAAACAUGACAAUAUAUUUUAAUGUUUGAAAAGUG